GCGACUAUCACCACCACUACUCCGCCAUUCUUCCACGAAUUGUCCGUGCCGUGCCACUCCACCCCAUGCUGGCUCUCCAGCGACAUGUGCACAUUGCGCCAGCUAGCGCGUCGCUCCAUCGCCUGGUGCUGGCGUUGGUGCUGACGCUCAAUCGCUCACGGGACUCCUCGUCGCUAAUGGCCUCCGUCCACCAGCAGAUGGCCGUUCAUCGCAAUCGCCUCCAGUCGUACCUCCAAAUUCCCGCUACUGGCGAUGACCACGCUGCCAUUUGGACUGCUCUCAGUGCUGGCAGCCUAGGCCUCGUUCUCCACGAUAAAGAUAUCAUCUCCAGAAGAGCCACCCUCUUCUCCACCAAGCUCCCCCGUCCGUCUGCCAGCUACAACCAGUUUGCUCGCCAGUUGUACCCAUUGAGUAGGGCAGCAUCGCUCCCGCUCAACGUGGACCACUCCCGAAAGACCAUCGACUAUCCCCACAACUUGCGCAAGUACGCAGCCGUCAACCACGCCCGUCUCUACAAGGCGUACCUCGAGUUGCCCUCCCCGUUCGCUCAGAUGACAGCAUCUGAUUUCGAGGCCUUCCUUGACAAGUUUCUCCACCACAAAUCGAACUUCGUGCGCCCCAACAUCAUCUCGGAGUCGGGAAUCGCAGGAAGACCCGCCAGGAUCGUUUCCAACGCCUUCGAGGCCAUGGUCUCCAAACGUGCUGACUACGUCAAGAUGGUCUCCCGGAUCCUCAACGACAUGCGGGCCAACGAGAUUCCGUUGACUUUGCGUGAGCAGAACCAGUUGAUCUUUCUCAGUUUCUACAAGGACAAGCCGGAAAUCCUUACAGCCAUCGAUGAAGCCAUGGUGCCUUUAAGCAUUGAUGAGGUGCUGUCGUUCCACGAUGCCAAGCUAAGCGCCUACGCGGUCUUUGACUGGGACGUCUACCUGCUGAUCAAGCUGUCGUUCAAGUUUCUCCCUGUCGAUACCUACAACAUCCUUUUGUUCCAUGCCAUACGACAUGAUCGGCCAGAAAUCGUUGCUGACAUCCUCAAGGACCUCAAUCUUGCCCACUUGUCGGACCCUACCCUCGAAAGAACCACGCCUGUGUUCAAUUCCACAACACUUCGGUACUUGAUAGACUACUUCUCUGCGCAAAAAUCUCCCACUGCACUUGCACGGUCCAUCGAUGAAGUGGUCAAUUGCAAUUUUCCGGUGGAUAUAACCUUGGUGAAUUCGAUUAUAAAGGGGUUGUGCAACUGCAACAGCCCCGAGUUGGCCGAAUCGUUGGUGAACCAGCUCUUCAUAGAUGGCAAAGCUUCAUCCACGCCCGAAGAUGAGGAAUCUGUGCUUUACAAGUUGCUAACUCCCGAGGACAGACAUGUCUACAACGCCAUGGUCAGAAUCUUGGAGAACAUUGGGCCCAUUACUGGUGAAUCUAUUCCUCAAUAUUCACUCAUCCCUACAGAAGGAUCAUUCAGACCCAUAAUCAGGGCCAUUUGCAGCCCCGAUAGUGGCCAGACCUACCACAAAUUGCUAACCUUGAUUGAUCAUAUGGAGCACGCGCACAAGCUUCCCAUCACAACAAGAACAGUGAGAAGCAUCAUGGAUAAAUUCACCAACGAUACUUCAAAUCAAUGGACUCUACAGAACUUGAUUGAGAUAACCAGCAAGAUUAUCAGUGUUCAUGACUACACCUACAAUAUUACCAGAGACACUCUAGUUUUCUCAAGGGAAGACCGUCCCCAUUUAUUCGAGAGAGAGCUAAGUCCAAAAUUGCAAAACUUUGUGAAAUUACACUGGAAAGAGACAAAGCCCCUUAAAUUACCAAUUGAUAGGGGUACUUUUCUCAAGCUCUCUGAUGAUGUGACAAAUAAAAUUUACCAAGCAUUCUUUGCUACAUUGAAUCGGCAAAUACGGAUGGAGCAUCAACCCAAUGAGAUCGAAAGAUUGAACAAAUUGGUCCAAAGUGUUCAGAUCCAAAAAGCAAGUUUGCAACAAGAGCUUGAAAACACCCGAAACGGAAAGUCAGGACCUCACAACCUAGAAUCGGCCAGACAGGAUAUUUAUAAUAACGACGAACUUAACUAUAUCAAAAAAGGGUAUUUGAUAGAUUUAAUUGAUAUAGUAAGUCAUGAUUAACGACUUGUACAUAGAAAAGUUCAUGAAACACCCACUAAAUGUAAAAACUUCAGGUGAAGUUACAGUUUAAUUUAUU